AGAGGGCGAGCAGUAUUGAAAUGGUGAAUAUAUACAUAGAUUUGAACAAAAAUACAAUCUCUCUUUUAGUGAAAAGGUGGGGGAGAGAUAGGAGCAAAGGAGCAUGACCCACAAAGGAGGCCCAGUGCUUUGGACAAUUGCAAUCUAUGGUAUGCACACAACCUGUUUGACAGAAAAUGGCCAAAGAAGUUCACCAGAGGCAACAUUCUCACUGGGUUUCUUUCUCUCUUCCUCUCUCUUUCUCUUCAAUAAUACUCUGUCAUUCCUGAUUUCCUGUUUACUCUAUCUUGAGUACUCCCUAUUUCACUCUCUGGGUUCCCUUUGUCUUCAUGGACAAGAAGCAGCAUCAGCAGCAACAGCUGUCCUUGACCAGAAGCUAUAGGCAGCGAUGCAAUGAAUGGAUUUUUCGAGAUGUUCCAAGUGAUAUAACAAUUGAAGUUAGUGGAGCUACGUUUGCAUUACACAAGUUUCCUCUUGUAUCUCGAAGUGGGCGGAUUCGAAAGCUGGUUGCAGAACAUCGGGAUUCUGACAUUUCAAAGGUUGAGCUUCUUAAUCUACCAGGAGGAGCAGCAGCAUUUGAGUUGGCUGCUAAAUUUUGUUAUGGUGUCAACUUUGAAAUCACAUCUGCAAAUGUAGCACAGCUGUGCUGUGUCUCUGAUUACCUUGAAAUGACUGAAGAGUUCUCGAAAGAUAAUCUUGGAUCCCGUGCUGAAGAAUAUCUUCAGAGUAUAGUGUGCAAGAGCCUUGAAAUUUGUGUUGAAGUCUUGCAACAAUGCGAGAAUCUACUCCCUCUUGCUGAUGAAUUAAAAAUUGUUAGCAGUUGUAUAGAUGCAAUAGCCUCAAAGACUUGUGCAGAGCAAAUAGCCUCAAGCUUCUCGCGCUUGGAGUAUAGCAGCUCUGGGAGGCUUCACAUGAAUAAGCAAGCCAAAUGUGAGGGAGACUGGUGGAUAGAAGAUAUAUCUGUUCUUCGAAUUGACUUGUAUCAAAGAGUCAUGGCGGCCAUGAAGUGUCGUGGGGUCCGACCUGAAAGUAUUGGUGCAUCCCUUUUAAAUUAUGCCGAGAAGGAGUUGACAAAGAAAUCCAGUUUAUGGAAUUCAUCUAGCCAGACGAAGGUUGAUUUGGCUUCAGGCUUAAGCGGGCAUGAACAACUUGUGGUCGAAACAAUAGUUACCCUUUUGCCUGUUGAGAAACUUGCUGUUCCCAUAAGCUUCCUUUUUGGGCUUUUGCGAAGUGCGGUGAUGCUUGAUUGCGCAGUUUCUUGCAGGCUUGAUUUAGAGAGGAGGAUUGGAUCCCAGUUGGAUAUUGCAACUCUUGAUGAUCUUUUGAUUCCAUCUUUUCGGCAUGCAGGUGAUACCUUAUUCGAUGUUGAUACAGUUCAUAGGAUCUUGGUCAAUUUCACACAGCAAAAUGAUAGUGAAGAUGAAAUGGACGAUGCCUCUUUAUUUGAACCUGAUAGUCCUCAUUCACCAUGUCAAACUGCAUUGCUGAGAGUAGCAAAGUUAGUAGACAAUUAUCUUGCGGAAAUCGCUCCUGAUGCCAACCUCAAGCUUAAUAAGUUCUUGGUCAUCGCGGAAACUUUACCAGAACAUGCACGUACUAUUCAUGAUGGAUUAUAUAGGGCAAUUGAUAUUUUCCUCAAAGCUCACCAGAGUUUGUCUGAUACAGACAGGAAGAAGCUUUGCAAACUGAUAGAUUUCCAAAAGCUCUCACAAGAAGCUGGUGCACAUGCUGCACAGAACGAACGCCUCCCGCUCCAAGCGAUGGUACAAGUUCUCUACUUUGAGCAACUGAGGCUUAGAAAUUCCUUGUGCAACUCUUAUGCUGAUGAUGACCAUAAACCAGCACACCAGUCAUUGCGAAUCAGCAGUGGUGCUCUCAGUGCAGCUAUGUCUCCACGAGACAACUAUGCAUCAUUGAGGCGUGAAAAUCGAGAGCUAAAACUUGAACUAGCUCGUUUGCGCAUGAGGCUGAAUGAUCUAGAAAAGGAGCAUGUUUGUAUGAAGAGACAAAUGCAAAAGUCUCAUUCUCGUAAGUUCAUGAGUUCAUUCUCAAGGAGAAUUGGUAAGUUUAGCUUCUUUGGACAUAUUUCUUCCAGGGAAUCGACUUCUCCCUCAAAGCAUUCCCAUAGGACAGAUUCUAGGGUCAUUGAAAGAGCAUGUGCAAGCACAGAGUAGGUAAUUCAGUGAACAAGCUUCUUUGUUCUCGCUACAUAUAUAUAUGUUGAUUGAUUAUUACAUCUGAUGCUCUCAUGACACUAUUACAAUCUCCCCUUUGUCACCUUGUUUAUGAAUCUUUUUGUAUUCAAUUUGC